AUGUAUUAUGAUUGUCAGUCAGUUAUCUUUGAAGAUCAAGACAAUUUGCAAAGAACUGUUGAUAAAGCAACAAUUAAAGAAUCCAUGUUCAUAGCUUGGUUUCAAGCAAACACAGAGUAUGAGGCAGCUAGACAAUUAACUUAUAACAAUUUUUCAACUGAAUUUGUUUGGAAACACAGCCUUAGAAUAUGGGAGCCUAGGAAAACAAACACUGCUAUUGGUAGAUUAUUCUUUGUCCUUCCAUCUGCAGGUGAAUUAUACUAUUUAAGAAUGCUACUCAACAUUGUUAAAGGGCCAAGAAGCUAUGAAGAACUUCGAUCUUUCAAUGGUGUUGUUUAUCCUACAUUCAGAGAUGCAUGUUACGCGCAUGGGUUACUUGAUGAUGAUCAAGAAUACAUUGAUACUAUUGAAGAAGCAAAUUUGGUUUUAUCAGAUGAUGAAUUAUCAGAGCUUACUCUAAUAGAGAUUGAACAAAUAUUUAACAGCAAUGGCAAAACACUUCGAGAAUAUGCAACAAUGCUAUUUCCUAACAUGGAUAACAUCCACAGCAUGAGACGUGGCUCUUUGCAAAACAAAUUAAUAUUGGAUGAACUCCGUUAUUAUCGAGUUAUAGUUUACAAAAUUCUUCAAGCUGUCAAUUCAGAUUGCGCUAAAGUUUUCUUCUUAUAUGGGUAUAGAGGUACAGGAAAGACUUUCGUUUGGAAUACUAUCUUAGUUGCUCCUAGAUCAAAGGGUCAAAUUGUCUUAACGGUUGCUUCAAGUGGAAUAGCUUCACUCUUGCUACCUGGAGGAAGAACAGCUCAUUCCAGGUUUGCAAUCCCCUUAACUCCUGAUGAAUAUUCCACCUAUAAUAUAAAACAAGGAAGCUCACUAGCUGAGUUAAUUUUGGCAUUCAAACUUAUUAUUUGGGGUGAAGUACCAAUGAUGAAUAAAUUUUGCUUUGAAGCACUAGAUCGAACUAUGAGAGACUUGCUUCAGCACACAAAUCAUUCAAGUUUACGGUUGCCAUUUGGGGGAAAAACAGUCGUCUUUGGUGGUGAUUUUAAGCAAAUUCUCCUAGUGAUAACAAAGGGAUCUAGACAAGAUAUUGUUAAUCCAUCGAUUAAUUCCUCUUAUCUAUGGCAUGAAUGCAAGUUAUUAAGUUUAACUCAGAAUAUGAGAUUAAGGUCUUCAAUAGAAGAUGAAAGUGUUAGAGAACGAAAAGAAUUUGCACAGUGGAUCCUUGAUUUAGGAGAUGGAAAGCUUGCUCAUUCAGAAGAUAGAUACAAUGUGGUCCCUAUACCACCUGAACUCUUAAUUACAAAUUUUGAUGACCCAAUUCAUGCAAUCGUUGAAGCUAUAUAUAGUGACUACCUAAAGGAUCCCACAGAGUUCUGA